AUGGCUCUAUCAUCCACCUCUAGGUCUGGCCUCCGAACCACAACCCCACCGCCGGCCGAUCGAAUCCCAAACUGGCUAGCACUCCCGCCGGACGUGACGACAACAAUUCUCCACAAGGUCGGCGUGGCAGACACACUAAUGAGUGCACAGAAAGUCUGCACUACCUGGCGGAGAACAUGCAAAGAGCCCUCCAUGUGGCGAGUCAUCGACACCAAUACUUGGAGGGAUUUAUUUUCUGCUGUCGGCGGUGCUCUUUUGAAGAGAUGUAAGCUCGCCGUUGAUAUGAGCCAAGGCCUUUUGGUUGACAUCUGCAUCCACUCUGUCGCCACUGAUGAUUUGUUUCUCUACAUUACCCACCG